UUGAUCCGACAUGCAUCCAUAUAAAUUAGCAAUAUCCACUCCCACGCAUCAAAGCAACACGGUGGUCUCAACCACGCCAUUAUUAUAUCUUCUUCAGCCUCAAAGUGUUUGGAUUGGGCAAAACCCGAGAUCGCACCUCUCCGCGUGGCGAUGCGUGGAGGAGCAGCAGCAGCAGGAGCCGAGGAAGGGUCCCCUCGCUCGCCGGAACUCCACGACCUCUCCGACGACUCCGACUACGCCGCCGCCGCCGCCGCCGCCGCUGCCAACCACAUGGUGAUGCGGAGCGAUUUGGCAGACAGAUGCUCGGACGAGACGGCGAGGGUGGAUGUGGUUUACGAGAAGGACCGUGUGACCAUCCACCCGACGCAGUAUGGCUCUGGCCGGAUCAGCGGGAAGCUGCGCCUCUUUCUGCAGCAGGGAUCCUUAUUCCUGAGUUGGGAGCCGGAUGAAGGAGUCAACUCUUUGUCCACUAGUUCAAUCAGUGCGGAAAUAGAAAAAUAUAGAAAUCUGUACACUAUUAAGGCCUUGCCUUUAAGUGAUGUGCGCUUCAUCCGUAAGCACACCCCAACAUUUGGAUUUUACUACAUAAUAAUUGUUCUCUCAUCAGGCCUGGCUUUUCCUCCAUUCUAUUUCUACAAUGGUGGAAUUCGUGAAUUGUUUGCAACACUAAAACAACAUGUCUUCAUUAUCAGGUCGGAUGAUGAUCCUAAUCUAUUUCUUGUCAACGACUUUCAAGAUCCUCUUCAGAAAAGCUUGUCAUCUCUUGAGCUUCCAGGAGUAGUCUCUGUGGCAAAUGCCAUGUCACGGCAAAAUUCACUCAGUUUCACUGGUUCAGUUGAUGAGGCCAGACAUGGGGAUGAUGACAAACAUGGGGCGUCUUCUAGCAUGUCUCAAUAUGGCUCAAAGCAAAAGCACAAAUCAAAUGAUCCGGGUCGUGAUCUUUCAAUUCAAGUUUUGGAGAAAUUCUCACUGGUUACAAAGUUCGCACGAGAUACUACAUCAAGCCUCUUUCGGGACAAUAGUGGUGCUUAUGCUUAUGGACGACAACAGGAAGAAUAUGUUUUGGGCAACAAGGCAAGUGAUAAGCACAAAAAUCAGCAAAUAACACCAGAAAAGGCUUCUAUGCCCUCAGAUUCAGUGGAGCCUGACCAUUUGCCUCUGGUGUGGGGGAAACAAAGAGAUCGCCCACUAAGUGUUGAAGAGUGGAGUGCCUUUUUAGAUCCUGAAGGUAGAGUUAUGGAUUCGAAGGCGCUGAGGAAAAAAGUUUUCUAUGGGGGAGUUGAUCCUGUUUUGAGAAAAGAGGUCUGGAAAUUCUUGUUGGGGUAUCAUGAAUAUGAUUCAACAUAUGCUGAGAGGGAAUACCUUGCUGCCAUGAAACGAGCAGAAUAUGAAGCCAUAAAAUCUCAGUGGAAGAGUAUCUCAGCAACACAAGCAAAAAGAUUCACCAAGUUUAGGGAAAGAAAAGGACUUAUUGACAAAGAUGUGGUGAGAACAGAUAGAUCUGUUCCCUACUAUGAAGGAGAUGACAAUCGAAAUGUUGUAGUUCUACGUGACAUCCUGUUGACAUAUUCCUUCUACAAUUUCGACCUUGGUUAUUGCCAAGGAAUGAGUGACUUUUUGGCACCAAUACUUUAUGUCAUGGAAGAUGAGUCUGAAUCAUUUUGGUGCUUUGCUACCUUGAUGGAACGGCUAGGAGCCAAUUUUAAUCGCGACCAGAAUGGCAUGCAUGCUCAACUAAUUGCAUUAUCCAAGCUUGUGGAGCUUCUUGAUCCUCCAUUGCACAACUACUUUAGGCAGAACGACUGCUUGAACUACUACUUCUGUUUUCGCUGGGUUCUUAUACAGUUCAAAAGGGAGUUCAGUUUUGACCAGAUCUUGCUCUUGUGGGAAGUUCUGUGGACCCAUUAUCUGUCAGAACACUUCCACUUAUACUUGUGCGUAGCAAUCUUGAAAAGAUACCGUCAGCGGAUAAUUGGGGAGCAGAUGGACUUUGAUACUGUCCUCAAGUUCAUCAAUGAGCUCAGUGAUCAGAUCAAUCUUGACCGGGCUAUUCAGGACGCCGAGGCAUUAUGCACUGUUAUUGGAGAUAAUGGUGCUGCUUGCAUUCCACCUGGAACCCCACCUUCGAUGCCCAUCGAGACUGAUGGUGGCCUGUAUGUGCAAGAAGAUGAGGUCUUGUGAGAUGUCACCGGUCCCUCUACAGAAACCCAUCGCAUCAGUUCUUUAUCCUGCACUGGUUUCAUCGAUAUCAUAAAUGUGAUCAGUUGUAGGUUUAUACCUAUGGAAUAAUCGUGAAUUCUUAGUGUUGUAAAUAUGUACUACAUUUACCCAUGAUAAUUUAUAGUCGACGCUACACUGCUUUUGCUAAGUGGAUACGGAUUCUCUA